AUGAUGACCAGGCACUGCACCAUGCUGGUCGGGCCGACAGGGGGAGGCAAAUCUGUGGUGCUUAAUGUUCUGGUCCAGGCACAAACCAGGUCAGUGCCUCUGAUUUGAAAACUGGAUGAGCACUAUCCAUUUAUGGAUGAUAAUAUUAAACUGCAUGUGUGUUCCUGAAUUUUAAAAAACUGCCAAUUAUUGUAUUUUAAUUUAGAGUCUAUUUUUAAUUUGGAUUUUUUUCUCCCCCAUCACUUUUUGUAACCAGAAGGUUCUCAAUGUUAAAUCUCCUAAUAAUAAAAUUAUACAGUAUUUAGUAUAAUGUAAACAAUUUCAGCCUUAUAUAUAGAUGAGACAUUGUGAGUGCUUACUGGGCCAUUUGUUAAUAAUCUAUUAGGCUCGGAACACCAACCAAAUUGUACAUUAUAAAUCCAAAAGAAAGACCCGUAGUUGAACUGUACGGUGUCCUUGACCCAGUCACCAGGGACUGGACAGAUGGACUCUUGUCUAACAUUUUCAGGUAA